AUACCAUGUUAGGGAAAUAUGCUUGUUGUAUUACCAGGGGGCCAAAGGCCACAAUAUAUAGUACAUGUACAGGUGCACAUAUGCAGAAAGCCCCCUAACAUAUGGGGAAACUACAAUAUACAGAUAUAUACAUCUAACAAUUUCCAAUAACAAUCUUCAUGGCAGUGUUCCAAUGGAGAUAUUCAGAAUCCCAUCAAUAAAUUCAAUUGAUUUAUCUUUCAACAACCUUGUUGGACAACUUUCUACUGAAAUUGGCAAUGCCAAACAACUCUUACUCCUAGGACUAUCAUCAAAUAAGCUAUCCGGAGAUAUCCCAAGCACUCUUGGUGAUUGUGAAAGUUUAGAAGUUGUUGAGUUAGACUCAAAUAGCUUUAGCGGAAGCAUUCCCACUACAUUAGCCAACAUCACCAACUUGAGGUUUUUGAACCUUUCUACCAAUAACUUAACUAGGUCAAUACCAUCAUCUCUUGGGAACCUAAAAUAUCUUGAGGAACUAGAUUUGUCAUUCAACCAUCUUGUUGGUGAGGUUCCAACAAAAGGGAUAUUCAAGAAUGCAACUGCCAUGCAGAUUGACGGAAAUCAGGGUCUUUGUGGUGGAGUUUUACAGUUACACAUAAUAGCAUGUUAUGUCAUGCCUUCAAAUUCAACUAGACACAAAGCACAUUUAUUUCUGAAAGUAGUUAUUCCAAUAACCAGCAUGGUGUCAGUUGCUAUGGUCAUAUUUGGCUUAUUACUCUGGAGAGGAAAACAAAAAAGCAAAUCUGUAUCUUUCCCAUCUCUUGCUACAAAAUUUCCCAAAGUUUCUUUCAGUGAUUUAGCCAGAGCAACACAAGGAUUCUCAGUGUCCAACUUAAUUGGCAGAGGGAGAUAUAGCUAUGUGUAUCAAGGAAGACUAGUUGAAGAGGAAAAUGAGGUUGCCAUAAAAGUGUUCAACCAAGAGACAAGAGGAGCACAAAAGAGCUUCAUUGCAGAAUGUAAUGCAUUGAGAAAUAUGCGGCAUCGUAAUCUGGUCCGUAUCCUAACUGUGUGCUCAAGUAAUGAUUCUAGUGGUAAUGAUUUCAAGGCCCUAGUGUAUGAGUUCAUGCCACGAGGAGAUUUACAUAAACUAUUAUACUCAACUAAAGACUACAAAGUCACACCAGAUGUCAACCUUCUUAGAAUGACUCAAAGAAUGAGCAUUCUGGUGGAUGUAGCGGAUGCAAUGGAGUACCUACACCAUAACAACCAAGGAACAAUGGUUCACUGUGAUCUGAAGCCUAGCAACAUUCUUUUGGAUGACAAUAUGACUGCUCAUGUUGGAGACUUUGGCCUCGCAAGAUUCAAAGUUGGUUCCGCAACGUCAUCUCUUGGUAACCCAAACUCUUCUUCAGCUGGACUAAUGGGAACGAUCGGAUAUGCUGCUCCAGAAUAUGCUGGGGGUGGUCAAGUUUCAACAGCUGCGGAUGUUUACAGCUUUGGUGUCAUCCUCCUGGAGAUAUUACUUAGGAGAAGGCCAACUGAUGACAUGUUUAUGGAUGGACUGAGCAUUGUGAAGUUUACAGAGAUCAGCUUCCCUGAUAGGGUAAUGGAGAUUGUCGAUCCUCAGCUGAUACAAGAGAUUGAGCUUUGCCAAGAAACUCCAACAGCAUCGAAGGAAAAAGGCCCAUGGAAGCACUUGUCUUGCUUUAAUAACAAUUAAAUAACUGAGUUGGUGUAUAAUUGCAAUUAUGUAAGGUCCCAGAUUUACAAAUCCUAACCAUCUUUAGGGCUUCGCAGGAACACACAUUUAAGUUAGUGCACACAAAAAGCAAAGAUGUGUAUCGUUUCCAUGCAUCAAUAUUAGCAAAUGAAAAUAUUUUUAUUGAGUAAUACUAGAUGUUAAAAGUUUAGUUGGUUUCUAUCAUAGCCUGACAUGACUUGCCACACUUUCUAUUUGUAUGGUCCAUUGGUCAUCGACAUAUAC